AUGGAGGCGAGUGCAGAGCAGCGGGUGUACGCCUACGCCGAGUCGAAGGCGCUCAACUACAUUGCCGGUGCGGAGGUGCUCAAGGAUAAGGCGCUUAAAGAAGGUGGUGGUGAGGGUGAUGAAGAAGAAGGAGGUGAUGAAGAGGGUGAUGAUGAGGAAGAGGAUGAAGAAGAGGAAGAGGGCGACAGCGAUGAUGAUUCCGAGGGCUGGGUGGACGUGCCCCAGUCCGAGGACGAGAUGGAGCUGGAGAAGAGCAAGGGUGGAGAAGAAAAUGAACUAACUCCUGAGGAGCUGCUGGAGAAGGCGCGCCUCAUUUCCUCGGAGCGCAUCCUCACCCAGGAGGAGUUCCAGAAGGUGAAGCUGGCGCAGCUGUCGAAGCAGGUGCGCGCCGCCAAGCCGCGUCGCUUCGCCAAGUUCACCCGCACCGAGGAGCCCGAUGUGCUGCCGAACCUCGCCACCAAGGAGAUCGUCUCGCUGGGCGCCAUUGAGCGUCUCUACCGGCGCUCCAAGGCGGACAAGGAGGCGCGGAUGGAGUCGGUAAAGGGGGGACGGGAGGACCGCGGAAAGUUUGGCGCUCGCAAGGGAAAGCUGAGCGAGCACGCCAGUCGCAGCAAGCGGGAGCAGACGAAGACGAAGGCCUUCAUGAUGAUCAAGCACAAGCUGAGUCGGAAGAAGAAGAAGAGCUUCCGCGAGAAGCAGGUCAGUCUGCGGAAUGCGCUGGUGAAGCGCUGCAAGGCUGCCUAG